UUGAGUAGCUUAACGGAUAAAUGUGGUUUACUUAUAGUGGUGUUUAAAAACAAAGUGGUAUUCUUAAGAUUUAUCAGUGUUGGCUGAGAAGCAAAGCUAACAGAUGGUUGUUAGGAUAAUCUGUUGAUGGAAAUAUGUCUGUUUCUCCUCAUUCUCUGAAUACCGGGUGUGUUUAAUGGAAAUCCAUCUGUCGUCAGGUGUCGCCAUGUCAAAGCAACCGCUCGGAAAGACGUUGCUGAGGAACGUCAUCCGACACACAGAUGCUCACAAUAAGAUCCAAGAGGAGACAGAGAUGUGGAAGAUGCGAGGCUGGGAGAUCCAGAUGUCAGACCACAAACAAAACACAGACACUGGGAGAAGGACUGACAGCUCAAAGUCAUAGGGACGUAUGCAUUGUGAUCGAGUGCCAGAUCAAUCCAGAAACAUGAGUGCUGGCAGAGAGCGAGUGUCGGAGCAUGACGACAGAGAUGCUCGCUACUGGACGCGCAAACUCUAUGAAUUUGAGGCCACUGAUCCUGACAGAUGGGGACAUAGUGGCUUCAAGGAGCUUUAUCCUGAGGAGUUUGACAGUGACAGUGACAGCAGUGCUACCAUUAAGAAGACCGGGCACCGCAAAGUGAAGAAGUCCAAGUCUGACACAGAAGCGUGCCUGUCAAAACGAUCCAAAAAAUCCUCCCGAAAGAAGAAAAAGAAGAAGAAAGCCAAGGAUGGAAAGAGAAAAAAAGAAAAGUCUUCUAGCAGCGACAGUGGUACAGACGAGAGAAGUGACACAAAAGACAAGCGGAGAAAAAAAAAAAGAACCAAAAGUCAACGCAAAGACAAAAGUGUGAAAACUCAAAGAGAUGAGGACAGAAACUCAGGAGACAGCCGUAGCCAUGAAAAAAAGGAGGGAAGGACUAACGGUCGCAAAAAGCGAAAACGGGACUGCGUCAAGGAUUCAGAUUCAGGAUUGGACUCCAAGAAAAAGAGAAGGAAAAACUGGAGGGCAGCAGGCGAGGAAAGCUCAGGUGGAAGUUCUACAGACUGAGACGUACAGCUAAUAGCCACAGAUGCCGCUGCAGAUUAUUAGUUCACCUAAGCUUCCGAGAGAGGUCUUCACUGACAGACUGGUGUUGUUGGUCCUUUCUGUGUUUGCUUUUAGAGGAAGUAAUGCUUCCCCUCAGCAGCUCACACAGCAGGCUAUGUGAAAACUAGUGGAGAGCUUUCCUACAGGAACCCUGGAAGCUGGAGCUGCAUUGAUCCAGGCUUUCCUCCUCAGACCUCAGUCCUAAAAUGACCACUUUUAAAAUUUUUUUUAUAUCUAAUAGAUCCAUCAAGUGUGAUGGCUUUUGCAUGUUUUUCUACCGUUUUCUUUAGGUUUAUACAUUUAUUGUGAAAAGAUUACCAUGCCUAGUUUUUACAUGACCUAGGGGGAUUUUUGUAAAGAGAACUUCAGAUGUGAUCUUCCUUUUUAAUCAUACAUUUUUGAAGUAUGACAAAAAUUUGUUUUAUUUACAAGUGUUUUAAAGAAACCCAAGAUAAGUGUAAAGAGACAUCACUGUAAUAAAAAAGAACAAUAAUAAAGUUAAAAAAAACAUAGAAAUUCAGUAAAAGCACAGCCUGUAUAUGUCUAAAACAUUAAA